GAGAGAAACCGAGGAGGGAGAAGUUGAGAGCGUCUCUCUCUAGCUAUUCGCGGCUAGACUCUUCCCCUCACGGUUUUUCUUCAGGUCGGCACCACCACACACGGCGGCCGCCGCCGCCGGGGCCCUCCUGGCUCCGGCGGGUCUGAGGUUCCAUGGUUACAGUUCAACUUACGGAUGACCUAUGAGUUUUUUGAAACUUCGUGCAACCGGAAAGGAGGGCUAGAAUUGCAACAGCCACCACCGUCUCCAUUGAUGGUCAUGGUGAUGUGUCUGGUUACGUUCCCAACUCGGAGGGGUUUGACUUGUACGAUUCUGGAUAUGGGGAUGGAUGGUGGUCUGGAGCACUUUUUGAGAAUCCUGGAAGGUUUGUCAUUUGGGGAGCUGAUAGCCGGAGAAGACGACUGGGGGGAUUGGUGCGACUACAAGGCCUUCUAUGUGUUAUUCUCUGGUAAGGAAUUCUUUCUGUGUAUUUUACUUAGAAAGCAACCUGGGGUCGACGGAGAAGACCACCGUACUGCUGGGGUUGGAACCGC